AACCCCAGACCCACCAGAGAGCAGGACCCGCUCCAACCCACUGCACCACCACAUCCACCUGCCCUAACCCCUCCCUACUCCUAAACUUAACACUAACCCUAACGCAACCCUAACCCAACCCUACUCCUAAACCUAAAUGUAAUCCAACCCUAACCCUAAUCCCUAAACCUAGUUCUAACCCAUUACUAACCCUAACCCAACCCUACUCCUGAACCUAACACGAACCCUACCCUGAAAUCCUAGUCCUAACCCAUCACUAACCUUAUCCGUAUCCCUAAACCUAACCUUAACCCCAUCAUUAACCCUAACUACGAAUUUAUCUAUUGUCACACGUGAGAUCGUAUGUCACCCACAUAACAUCGCAGAAAUGGGCAGCGAUGGCGAGAAUGAAGAGACCAGGUUGCUUGCCAUAAAUCCAUAGCUAUUUACUGAACAUUCAUUGGCUCUGGAGGGAGAUAUGGGUGGGAAUAUUGUUCUUUCAACAGCGUUGAGUACCCAACGCCAGCGUUACUUCAACCUACUUCAUUCACAGCCUGGGGAAGUGGUGGUGUAACUCAGCAGAAGAGUGACUUCAAACAAGGUUCUAACAUGAACAGUGAAUUCAUCAUGUUCUUGCUAUUUUCAGCUUUGUUUAACAUCUCCAUGCUCGUUUCCAUGGCAACAGGAUGCUUCUCCUUUCCGGUGCUAUUAGAGACACCAACACUCACCAGCACAGACAGAAGCUGUAAACACCGUGGGUGUGAGUUGAAGUAAGCGAGUUGGACUAAAAUCCCGCGCUCCUUCUUUGUUGGCAUUACAGUCCCCUAGCGGGUAUUGAACCUAAACAAGGAGCUGGUAGGAGUGGUCAGAGCCGUUGCGUUUGGACCCCGUAGGUUGCAGGUUUGAGUCUCACGUCCAGCUGCGCUACCCUUGCACAAGCCCCUCCUCGCGAUGGCAACGAGCGACUCGACGGACGGAAUGAGCGGAGUCCUGCAGUUCAUGAAGCUCGUGGGACAGCUGAAGCGCGUGCCGCGCACCGGCUGGGUGUACCGGCACGUGAAGAACCCGGAGAGCGUCUCCGACCACAUGUACAGGAUGGCAGUGAUGGCGCUCACCCUCGCGGAUGAGAGCUUCGACAAGAGCAGGUGCAUAAAAUUAGCUUUGGUCCACGACAUGGCAGAGUGCAUUGUGGGUGAUAUCGCUCCGGCAGACAACGUCAGCAAGGAAGAGAAGCACAGGAGAGAGGAGGAUGCUAUGAAACACCUGACCAGCUUGCUUAAGGACAGCGUGAGGAAAGAAAUCUACGAGCUGUGGGAGGAAUACGAGAGCCAGCUGAGUCCCGAAGCCAGGCUGGUGAAGGAGCUGGACCAGCUGGAGAUGGUGCUACAGGCCCAUGAGUACGAGGAGCUGGAGAACAAUCCUGGAAAGAUGCAGGAGUUCUUUGACACCACUCAAGGCCGAUUCCACAACCCAGAGGUUCUACAGCUGGUGAACAGUUUAAAUCAAGAGCGGGCAGCACACCUGGAAGCUGGGAAAGGGGGCUCUGUUGAUGGCCCUCAUGGCACUUCCUAAUCUUGUGACCUCUCACCCCUCAUGACAAUUCCCCCCGUUUCAUGAGUGCUGGGAGGGGGGGGGCUGCUUUUUAAUUAUGAAAACCCAGGUUACAUUCUUCACCGCCAUCAAGUUAGUUGGCUGGGCUGAGUAGCUGAAGGCUGCAUGUUCAGUGAACAAUACCUCUAGGCUGUCAAGUAUUUAAAACUGUUCCGUUUACGUUGUAUUCGAUGUUACUGUAACAUGUAAUAAAAAGUCCACGGUGUCUCGUGAGGAACGAUCCCACGUGAGGUCUUCUGAGGCCAGCUGUGUGAAAGAUCAGCAUGGUC